CCCUCAGUCUCUCUCUCUCUCUCUGAACUUGUCCGUCUCUAAUUUCUCUCCUCUCUCGAUCCAAUCAUGUCUUGCUUCAAGGGAAAAUACACUGAAGAGCUUAUUGCCAAUGCUACUUACAUUGGUACCCCUGGCAAGGGUAUCCUUGCUGCUGAUGAGUCAACUGGCACAAUUGGCAAGCGUCUUUCAAGCAUUAAUGUUGAGAAUGUCGAGGCAAACAGGCGGGCUCUUCGCGAGCUUCUCUUCUGCACUCCUGGUGCCCUUCAGUACCUCAGUGGCGUUAUUCUUUUCGAGGAAACUCUCUAUCAGAAGACUGCUGCAGGUAAGCCCUUUGUUGAUGUGUUAAAGGAAGGUGGAGUCCUCCCUGGAAUUAAAGUUGACAAGGGCACUGUUGAGCUUGCGGGUACCAAUGGUGAGACCACCACCCAAGGUCUUGAUGGCCUUGCUCAGCGUUGCCAGCAGUACUAUUCAGCUGGGGCUAGGUUUGCCAAAUGGCGUGCUGUGCUCAAGAUUGGCCCUAAUGAGCCAUCUCAGUUGGCUAUUAAUGAAAAUGCCAACGGCUUAGCUCGAUAUGCCUGCAUCUGCCAGGAGAAUGGCUUGGUCCCCAUUGUUGAGCCUGAGAUUCUUGUGGACGGAUCUCAUGACAUCGAAAAGUGUGCUGAUGUUACAGAACGUGUCCUUGCUGCAUGCUACAAGGCACUCAACGACCACCAUGUCUUGCUUGAGGGAACCCUUUUGAAGCCCAACAUGGUUACCCCUGGAUCGGAUGCCCCUAAAGUAGCACCUGAGGUGAUUGCCGAGUAUACAGUUCGUGCUCUGCAGCGCACCAUGCCUCCUGCAGUUCCAGCUGUGGUGUUUUUGUCUGGUGGCCAGAGUGAGGAGCAGGCUACAGUCAAUCUUAAUGCCAUGAACAAACUCAAGACAAAGAAGCCAUGGUCUCUCUCUUUCUCUUUUGGCCGUGCUCUUCAGCAGAGCACCCUCAAGGCUUGGGCAGGAAAGGAGGAAAACGUUGAGAAGGCACAGGCUGCAUUCCUGACCAGGUGCAAGGCCAAUUCCGAGGCUACCCUUGGAAAAUACCAGGGUGGUGGGGCACUUAGUGAGGGUGCCGCAGAGAGCCUCCAUGUCAAGGACUACAAGUACUAGUUAAGUAUUGAUUUCUACUGGUUUUUCUGUUUCAUUUUUGAGAGUUCGUGACUGCAUGGUUUAGAAUGCCUUUACUCUAGGGCAUGGUGGUAGGCUUCUUCUCUUUAUAUCUCCUUUUGACUUGUGUUAGUUGACUGGUUGAAUAAGCUUGAGGAACGUCGGGCAUGUAUGAGAUUGAGCUGUUUUUUUUUUGUAACCGUCCAAGAUGGUUUUUUCUUUUAUGGAUGGUGCUGUUUAUUUUCUUGCUCUAUGUUUUUGUACUCUGUUUUUGAGCCUGUUUGGACCUAUGUUUUGAUUAUCCAACACAAUCAAAUGUGGUGUGUGGAUGGUAUUCUUGUGGAAAAAUUUGCAAGACUGACAUGAGUUCCUAGUUUUAUUUUGCGGUUGUGGAUAUACAGGACAUGGGACAUGUAAUUCUGGAUUGUGUUACACACUCACAGGC